AUGUCGUUCAGUUAUAAUAAACGGUUCACAUCGUUCCAAAGGCCUAAGAAACUGAAUGGGAGGAAAUACAAAUGGCGCUAUACGGUCAUGCCAAUAGAUUAUCUGGCAAUGGUCGGUUUCCAAUUUGAUCCGGUAGAGAAUGAGGAUAAGAAACUCAUGCGGGAUGCAAUUGUGUGCGCACACUGUGGAAAACACACUUACAACUUACAAAAUUGCAGGUCGAAACAAAAGGAUAAGUUGGAGGCUGUUUGUAAUGUGCUCUCGUUGCACCUCAAUGGGCAAAAUGACAGUUGUCCGAUCAGCUACUUGCGUUUGAAAGUGUUGAAGGCUCAUAGGUUCAACCUGGGGGCGAGCGAUUGGAAGGGAGACCCAUUGUUUAGCGAUCCGCUUGCAUCUGAAACAAGGGCCAUCUUUCGAGAGACGUAUAAGAAAACUGCCUUAGUUGAUUGUAUCCGAAAGGUAAAUGCAGGGUUGCUACGAUAUGAUCCAUCGCUCAGUGGGUUUAAUGAAUUAAUGUACGACGAUAUUGACGUGUCAUUUUGCGUGUACUGCAAAAACGUCAUCGAACCGUCGUCAAAGAGAAGCCCGUUGGAGGAACAUUACAACGUUUCCAGGGGAGGGAAGUGCUACUAUUUCAAGUUGCUUGAAGAACAGUUCCCAAACUGGAAAGACGUUGCUGACAUAACGGCAUUACUCGAUCCCCUUCCAGCUCGAUCAGGUGCGAUCCCCGUCUCGCCUACAAAAGGUGAGUCGGAUAAGAAAAUAUUGGAUAAAGCGGGGAAUGAAAUAACUAUCAUCUCUCAAAAACUAAGCGAUUCGAGUCCUAUCAGACCGUAUUCAAGUGGUAAUACGCGCCCAGCAACAAUGGAUACCUCUUCGCAACUAAUCGCCUAUCCGAGAUUGGAAAGCAUGGCGGAUAGUAUUAACAUUGCCGCCGAAUCCGUUCCUUCCAUAGAACUUAAAUCCAUAGAAAAAGACUCAUCUCAAGACAACGCAAAGCAAGAAAUUGAUAAUGAUAAGCACGAGGUUCAUGAAACCUCUGAUACGAACCACAGUACAACAGGAACGCUGAGAAAACACUCAUCGAGCAGUACACCGGAACAUUUACAGACUCCAAGUCAUUUAGCUGGGACUGUUUCUUUGGAGAAAUCUUCCUCUUCUACAGACAACAAUCCAUCUGAUAAUGAUCCUGAUUACAACGUUUCGGUAGAAAGGGAAUCUUCUACUACCGAUAGCAACCAGAAAAUUAUAGUAAGCAAGAAACGGGAAAGACCGGCUCCAGUUCUUAACAGAGGGAAUCAAAGUAUAUCACAACCGCCCAGCGGAAACGAAGCUGAGACGCAUCACAGAAGUCGAUCCAAAAAGAGGAAAAAGCUAAAUAAUUUGUCACCACAACGGGUCUCAUCUGGGGCAUCCCAUGAUCAGUUGACUAGUGCAGAAAUGUCCGUUUCCCAGAAUGUAAAUAGAUCUGUGAUUUUGGAUUUCGGUGCUCAUGUCAACAAAAACAAAGGAAACACCAACUUGAACAGAAUUUUAGACGAUACAACUGACGAAUUCAGCUUCAACGCACACAUUCGGUCCACUUUCAAUGUACAAUCACAAACCUCUUCCCCGAAAAAAUCACAAGAGGCAGAGGAAAUUGAAUUAGAGAAUGAUCCUGGGAAUAAUGCAGGACUUUCAGUACUCGCAGAGGCUGUAUCUAGCCUACCUAAAGGUAUUACAGAUAACGCGCCGGAAACAGAAGAAACUAUCAAAACAGAUGAUGAGAAACAACGUUCGGUACAUAUUAUUCCUGAGAGCACAUCAGUCAAAGAGGAAAAUAAAAGUCUUGAAAUAGGCGAAUCGCACCUCAGGGAAACAAACAGUAAUGUAGACAAGUCAGAUACUGCAAAACAUGAUCCGAGUAACAGAACUCUGCGAGGAGUCAGCACUAAUAAAUCCAGGAGUUUUGUUUCUCCCAAGAAAGGUCCAGCGAAGGCAACAUAUCUUACAAGAGAAGAAUCAGAAACUCCUAUUAAAAGCUCAAAUAUCACGCAUUCCUUCACUCCAAAUAGAGAACUUGAACCUGCGAAUAAGAAGGAAACGGCUUUGCAAUCUGGGGCUGUUACCAAUCUUUAUCACAAACUUUCAUCGCCCCCAGCUGAAUUAUCGACACCUACUUUGACAGUUAAGAAAAUUGAACCAUUGUCACUCUUCCAAUCGACAGCAAACGUGCCAGAUAAACUGGCAGACAAUAGGCGUAAAUUGGCAGGUAUAAGGGGUGAACAAACACAUCUUGAAGAUGAUCCAAAAAACAAAAACAUAAUGGAACGACUUGCCCAAAUUCCCAUUGAUUCUGACUUGUCCGUCUCAAAUUCAGAUUCCUCAUCCAUAGAUAGUUUGAGUAAUUCCAGUACUCCAAUAGCUUCCCCAAUGCAUCGACCUUCACCUUCCAACGACCUUACAACCCUUGAAGACAGAAAUUUGAAUAGGGUUCCACCCUCACUGGCGCCAUCUUCUGUCACCAACAUAAACACUAAAUAUGAUCUUUCCUCCCCAGAUAUCGCUGGAAAACACCAUGAUACACCUAGUAUGAAAGUUGCACUUAAUAGCCGGUCUGCAGGUAACCAAAAGAAAGAGAAGUCACCUGCUUUUUCACAGAUAGGAAGGGAAAGUGAGAACGACUUUACUCAAGAAGAUGUGUUGGGGCGGCAAAAUGUACAAGAAGCCACCUCAUCGCAGAUGGAAAGUAUCAAAACAAAAGAAUUAGCUACAUUAAACUCUGAACUGAAUCUGGAAAAGUCUCAGUAUCGCUUUUUAAUGGAUUACAUUACGCACCACAAUGCUUCGCUAAAUAAUGAUAAAACGGGAAUUUUGAAUUUCUUCAUGGGUAAGUUGAAAUCAGAAGAAUUGGAGAUGACCGUAAAUGAAUGGAUAGAGUUUCACACCGAUCGGUUGAAACAGAUUUUUAGGGGUUUAACUGAGAAGAAGAUUGAUAUACUGAGGAAUAAGUUCAAUGAGAAAAAAGAGUACAUCAAUAGUUUAGAUCUUAAUGCGGACAGGGAUAGGGAAACAUUGAUGGGAAUCGCUCGAGCUCUUGGAGUUCUAAGCGAUACUGCAAACGAUCAGUAA